GUGGGACGUUAAAUUUUUAAAUGUGUAUUGUUAUAUUUUCUGAUCGGGUUCAAGAAGGACUAUUAUACACUUACACAGCAAGAUAGUCUCUCUCUUGUUGACAGUGUUUGAGGGCUCGUGUUCUUUUUUCUUUUCUUUUUUUUUUUUAUUUAGCAAAUUGUUCUGCUCUAAGUUGUCAAAUUGAGUUGGUAUUUUGUUUACCUGGUCCGGUUUUGAUGCUGUCAUGGAGGUCUGUAUUGGGUUCAAUCCAUCCCCUGAAUAUGCCAAAUUAUAAAGAAAGUGUUCGAAGAUCGAUUCCAUAAAAGAAAAAGAAUUAUCAAACCAUGCUUGGUGGAAAGUCAUGACUGAUGAUACAACCGACUUGAGUUAUUGGUUAAACUGGAGGUUCCUCCUCUGUGCAAUAUGGGUCUUAGCAGCCAUGGUAGGAUCAGCAUUUUUAAUAUGGAAAUAUGAAGGUUUCAACAAAUCAAGUAAUGGAAGAAGAGAUAGUCAGAGAGAAACUGCAGGGUCUUUGUACAAGGAUGAAGCUUGGAAGACAUGUUUGAAAACAAUCCAUCCUGCUUGGUUGCUUGCUUAUAGAAUAACUGCUUUCAGUGCGCUUUUAGCAUCGCUCAUCGCUAAUGUUGUUCUUGUUGGAGGUGGCAUAUUUUAUACUUAUUCUCAAUGGACACUUGCAUUGGUGACAAUAUAUUUUGGGCUUGGAUCUUCAUUAUCCAUUUAUGGAUGUUGCCAAAGUUGCAAUGAAGUUGGUGGUGAUAGGGUUGAUCGCGUGGGUUUAGAUGCAGAGCGAGGCAAUUAUGUGGCUCCUACUUUUGAGGAAAAUGAAAAUAUGCCCACCAUGUCCAGAAGCUUGAAUACCCACGAAGAACCUCAUAUACAUAAACCAGCCAGCAUAUGGGGCUAUGCCUUUCAAAUUACUUUCCAGAUUUGUGCAGGUGCGGUGAUGCUCACUGAUUGCUUCUUUUGGUUCGUGAUCUAUCCAUUUAACACUGACAAAGAUUUCAAAUUGGAUUUUCCGCGGGUGAUUAUGCAUUCAAUCAACGUUGUUUUCUUCCUCGGUGAUGUGAUUUUGAAUUGCUUGCGGUUCCCUUUAUUCCGAGUUGCGUAUUUUGUUUUAUGGACAGUUAUAUACGUCAUUUUCCAAUGGAUCAGCCAUGCUUUUGUUUCAAUGGGGUGGCCAUAUGUAUUUUUGGACUUGUCAUCCCGAUAUGCUCCCUUAUGGUACUUGUUAAUUGGAUUGCUGCUUCUCCCAUGCUAUGGCUUUUUCGCUCUUCUAGUAAGGAUGAAGCAACUUCGAUUUUCGAUAUCAUUCCCGGAGUCCUAUCAGAGCAUGAGGUGAAAGGUCCAAAUGUCGUCCAUAUCUGUAAAAAAAAAAAAAAAAAAAAAAAAAAUCUGGGCAGAUAUCCAGUAGAGAUGUAUUUUUACUUUCCGGGAAAAAACAAUAUAUACUUUUUCUUCUCUUGAUAUUAUUUUUGGGAGAAGUGUUAGAUGCGGUAGAAAAUGAAUAUACAACUUGUUGCGUGAUGAUGCAUGUCUUCUAAUAUAUGUUCGAUUUGGAAUUAGAGAAAAUUUAGUUCAAACUUGAAAUUUAGUAUAAAGUUUGAACUAAUUUUUUUUCAAUUUCAAACGCAAGCAUCUUGAUGGUUUUCUUA